AAAAAAUCAUUGAUUGAUUCUUUGUUUAUUCUGAUAAUUGAACAACAACGACGGCCACAACAACAACAACAAAAAUGUUUCAAAUUUUGAAAUUGACAUUAAUAUCCUGUAUGGUAUUGUUGGCAAAUGCACAAAAUCCAAUGAAUGGUCUUGCAGAUAAUUCAGCCAAUGGUUUACGUGCACUUCCAUUACCAUUACCAUUACCAGUAUCACCACCAGUUCCAUUUCCAUUACCAUUGCCGUUACCGUUACCAAUUCCAAGACCAAUUCUAUCAACAAUUCCAUUGCCAUUGCCAUUACGAUUGCCGAUUCCAGCACCACAAGUUAUACCAGUACCAACACCAAUAAGAUUACCACUUCCAGCACCUGUUCCAACACCAGUUGCAACACCGAUUGAUCUUCCACUUCCAGUACCACAAUUCAUACCGACACCAGUACCAUUGAGAAUUCCGCUUCCAUUACCAAUACCAGCACCAGUACCUGUUACGAUGCCAUUACCACUUCGUUUACCAUUGCCAAUGCCAACAGGCGUUGCAGCACCAGCAGCAGCAACAAAUUUAUUGGGUCUCGGUGGUGGUUUAGGUGCAAUCAAUAAUUUUGCUGGUUUAGGUUUAUUACGUCAUGAACAACAGAAAAAUAAUAAUAUGAAAACAAACAAAAAUCCAAUAUCCUGAA